ACGUCUAAGCCUCGUUUUCGGUUUAUGUCAUGAAGCACUCGGUAGAAAGGGGAAAAUUUCGGAAGAAAAUGUGAGUUUUCACAUGAAUAACAAAGAUUGAUAUGAUCAGAAAGUGUUCAGAAAUAUCGUAAACUGAAUGAGUUUUGAAACAAACGCUUCUCCAGUGAGGACCUGGGCAUAAAUAUCUGAUGAAGCGAAAAAGGAUAUAAUGAUUACUAGAGACAAGAUGGGUCAGGGUAUUAAAAGAAAACUUGAAGAUUUUGAAAAUGACAAGUGUCCGAGAAAUCAAAGACAGUCCAUUCUGGAUAUAUCUGUUGGAAAGUUACAUCUAAAGACAAUGAAAAAAGUUGAACCCCCACUUCUAAGAUCUGUACUUAUCUUGAAUACUCUCAAACAUAUCGAAUCAGAACUACUUAAAGAGGGAGUGCAAUCACCAACAAACACAUCAGCAUUUACCAUUCCUGAAGUUGAUCCAAACUCAACAGUCAUAGACUUUUUACCAGAGCAAAACUCGUCAAAAGUGGAAAUUGUUUCAGAACAAUCUGGUCCACUUCCAUCAAUAGACACAUUUGUUGGCAGUCGUGCCAUGAUCAUAGACACAAAAGAAGAAUUACCUUGUGAAAAACUAACCGUAGCAAAUAUGGGAGAAGCAUCUCCUACAAAUAUUUAUCAGCCUCCAUCAUUCCGAAUGGAAGAAGUCUUUAGUGACUUUGAUUUUCCAAUGUGUGAUUAUGACAUGUUUCCUGCAGUUUCUAAUGGUGCCAAUUUGACACAAUUAAGUGCAGAAGAAGUGCUUCAUUCCUUCCCAAACGCUAGCUCAAAUUUCAUUGGUGAAUCAUUCACAACUUUAUCAAAUGCAAGUUUAACACCUUUCUGUAAAGUCGAAACUGCAUUUGAUGAUCUAGAGAACAUUAUGCAAAUUCUUGUUGGAUCCUGACAAGAAGACACUAAGUAUUGUUGUGUUGAACAUGGAUGAAAAUCAUCAAAGUAAAGUUUAACACAAUAUUAUUUAAGACAUAUUUGAAAACGUUCUGUUAUUUAAUAGUGAAGAAAAGCAAUACUUAGUAUUUGGCAUAUUAAAGUAAAUAUGUUUAUUAACUAUUUUAUUUCAGAGGACUAAAAAGGACUGAUGUUGAACAUCGUUCAAAUGUUAUUUUAAAAAAGUGUUUUUAUUUUUUUUUUGAUACUGAAAAUAAACAUGCAGACAUAUGUUUGAAGAAAAGGCACAGUAAGACUUAACGUCUUUAGAUUUAUUAGAACUUACUGUAUUUAUUUAUCAUUAAGGCUAUGUAUUUUGAUGGUUCAAGUGACCUUCAACACAAAGAGUCGUGCCUAGUCUGGUUUGUGCAAUUUUAACAUAGUGUGCAGAAAGAGUAUUGGUGCCUUGUAUGUUGAGAAUGUGAAAUCUGUGAUUGUAGUAUGGCACAUGAUUUUGUUCCACUGGUUUUAAUUGUUUAAAAGCAAAUUUCAAGAUAUAAGUUUAAAAAAAAUACCCAACUAUUGCAAGAUGUCAGCUAGACAGUAAUUACUAGUAAGAUAAUACUUCCUUUCCCCAGGAAGCUUUACAAAAAAAAAUCAUGAUCAAAUUAUCCUGAUACUGUUUUCAUUGCUGUGAUCAUAUAAGCAUGGUAAACGUACAGAAUAAAAAAAUGCUGACUUCAUUUUUGCAGAAACAUACAUUAUUUUUUAUAAAGUAAGAUUAACCAUACAAUUAACAUAAUCAAUAAAAGGAUCAAGGUCAACUUUGAUACAUGAAUAUCUUGUCAUGUAAUAGCAUGACAAAUCGAGUUAUUUUGAUUUAUUAUUAUUUAAAACUGGUUCUAAAACAUUUGUAAUAGAUGAAGGGUAGAUCUAGCUUGAAAUUUGUAUUGUCAAGUCAAAAUUUAAAUGUUCAAUCAUGCUUUAGGAAAUAAUUGGGCCAAUUUUGUGCUGUUAUUACUGUGUUGCUCUUGGCCAAAAUUAUCGUUUUUAAUGAAGUUUUAUACCUAACAAAAAAUGAUACAUUUGUUAGCAUGAUCAGUAAAAAAUUUAAUAUACAUUGCCAGUGUGGAAUUUAAUUUUGUCAAUUUCUUGUUCACUGUCUCAUUUGAAAGCAGAGAAUGGCCUUAUUAUAGAUUAUAAGGUGUAGUGAGAAUAUUCUAGAUAUUUUGUGUUGUGAUUUAAGAAAUGAUGCAAUCAAAUUUUAUAUAUUUUUAUGCUUUUUGCCAAAAAGUAUGAUAUAUAGUAGAUAUUGAAUGGGUCAUAUGACACAGUGCAAUGAUAUAUUAUGUUUAUCAUUUGUUUUAAAUCUUGUUCUGGAAACAAAAGUUGUUACCUGUUGUGUAUUUAUUUAUUAAGAUUUUAGUAAGUUGUAAGAUACAUAUAUAUAGCUUGUGUACUGCAGAGAUGAUUUAUAUAUUUAUACAUACCCUGGUGGCUUACAAGUUAUUAAAGUGUAUAUCAAGUCAAAAGCACAAAGUUUAUCAAAGCUGAAGUUACAGCAAUAAAAAAAUUGAACAGGGAAAAUAAUUUUGUUUUGCGGCCUGAGUUAUAUGGCUAAUAAAAGAACAUUCUGUUGCAUUAAUAAUUGCACACCUUAAAUGGCUUAAUACUAAUAGAAAGAUUGAUUAUGAUGGAUAAUUCACUAAAGUUAGAACUUAGAUAUAUUAAGGCAUUUUUGGACAUAAUCUGACAUGUACAAGAAAUAUAGGUCCAAAGUAAAUACUAGCAGGGUGUAUACAGUAUAUAUUGAAGCUGUUAGCUUCCAUAAUUUACUAUUUAUUUUGUAUGAAAUUGAAAAAAUGGGUACAAUACAUGAAGUAUUGCAACAGAAACUGUGAUAUCAGAUGGUUUUAGUGUUAUAGAAUCAAAUGAUAUAGAAAUGUAUUUACAUUAUAUGUAUUCUGAAAAGUUGUGGAGGUGGUAGUUGUCGAGAGCUACAAUAAGAUAGUGAAUAUCUUCUUGAAAAACAAAGAGGUUUUUUUUUUCAGAAUACAUUUGUGUGUAUAUAUAUUUAUAGUGGAGGAAAUGAACAUUUAUAAUGAUGUAUAUUUCUAGUGAAGAAAAACAUGUAUACAAUGCCGUAGUUAAGACAUAUAUGAAAUGUGUGUAGAAAGAAAUGAAAAGUUGGAGAUACAAUAUAUUGUGGUAAACAAGUUUAAUAUGUACAUUAAUCAAUUUAAUGUAAAAUGAGUACUUACAUAUUCAGCAAUAUUUGUGCUAAACAUGAUCACAAUACUGUGCUACCAUAGUUCCUUAUAUAUUAUCUUUUUACAUAAGUGUAACUGUACAAGGGCCAGACAUCGAGUGUUGAAUUGUCCGAAACUUUUGACUUUCUAAUGCCUUGAAAGUUAAUUUAUUUUUCUUGCCAAAGUAUUCACUUAACUGUUUUUGUACACUGUUUGGGAACAUACAUACCAUCAUGUGUGGUGCUUAUGCACAAAAGACUUGUGAAAUAUAGAUCAUAUUAUGAAGCAUGUACACCUUUAAAAGUAGCUCUAUAGUCUAUAUAGAGAUUUAUGGGGAUUUUGAAGCGUUAAAGUAACAUACGAAAGUCAGAGACCAAAAAAAUGACUGUUUGUCCGAUAUAGAAUGUUUUUGUCUAUUCGGUCACUGUGUUAUGGGUACAUUAACAAAUUUAUAUAUCUUAUUUUGUUGAGUGCCGCCACUGCAACCUGCGAUACAGUUGUAAUUAUUGCUAGUUUAUUUGUUGCAGUUGACAUUUUUAUAUUUUUGUACAAUUUGAGACAGAGUAUUUAUUUGUACGAAAUCAUUGUUCAAAUUAUUGUCAAAAUCAUUCAUAGUCAUAGUAUUGUCAUUAAGAGAUGCUUCAUUUAGUGUAUGUUUAUUUUAAGAAUGGUAAAGCAAUGACUGAAAUAUUUGUUUAGAAUGUGUUUGUUUGUAAGGCAGGAUGUAUGAAAAGCUUGAGAACACGAGCAUGAAAAUUCUGUCUUACAGGCCAAAUACAUGUGGCUCUAGAGGUUUACGGAAAGGGAAAUGAUGAGUUCAUUCUAAAAUGACAGUGAUUUUUCUGCUUAUAUAACAGACCGAUAAAAAUUUAAAGGCCUCUUCCCGAUCGAAAUUUUCUUUAAAAUCAUGCAGUUUUCCCAAAAAUCUGAACAUAAACCUAGUUUUUCACUUCCCUAAUUAGCAAUUUUAGUGGAAAUUUUUCCCAAAAAAGGUCUGUUCCCAAUUGAGAAAAAUCACUGCUUGAAUUUAAGUUAAAAUAUGAAGACUUGAAGACAGUGUAAGGAGAUUUAGGGUAUGUUUAUGAAAACAUCUCUUAUGAAAGCAUCUCUUUGCCAAAGUGUAACUAGCAUCAUUCUUGUUAUCAUGCAUAAUCAAAUCAUUAGGAAAUCGUGAAUAUUCCAAAUUACCAUAGUCUUAAUUUUUUUUGUACUGUGAAUCAAAUAUGUUAUUACUUUAAUUUAGAAUAAAGUACAUUAUGUUUUGGUGCUCAAGACUUGGUGUUGUCACACGGUUAGAGGCUGGAAAGGGUUUUUUGUUCCGAUUGAAGGAUUGGAAUAUUUUACGCAACUUGUAAAUAAUCAUUUGUACUAUUUAUUGAACCCAUACUAUAUGUUAUUUAUUUAUAGAACUGAUUGUGUCUCAUUGUUUCCACCUUGUAAAUAUAUAUUUUUGUUACCAAAAAAAUAAUCAAAUUAGUUAUAUAAGUAAAAAUGGACAGUAAAACUAUAAUUCAUUAAUGAUUUAACCAUUUUGUUAGUCACUAGUUUUAAUUUGAAAAACAUAAAUAUUUGAUGAUGAUUUGAAGUAGGCUUGGUAUUUUUGUGUUAAAAUUGAAUAUUUAGAUUGAUGCCAUGCUUUGAAAGGUGAUAUACUUUGCUUUUAAAUCUCAGUAAAUUAAACAAACGAGCAUUGUGUGUGAUAUUCUGGUCAGAGUUGUGAAGACUCACACUGUUAUUUAUAAGUGUUGAUAGAUAUUGAUAUAAAUAACCUUGAAUCUGCUGUCAAAAUAAGCUGCACUAAUAAAUUGCUUUGACCACCAUUUUAGAUCAAGGCUUAUUCACAUUUCCUUUCUUGUUGACAACUCAAGUUUUCUAUUUUUAUAUGUUGAAAUUUUUUUAAUGAUUUUAAUAGUCGAUUGUGGAAAAGUCCUCAAUUAUAGGCAAGGCAAGUUUAGUUUCAUAAAUUUAAUAGGUUAAUUUACUGCUAAAACCAUAAAACAUGUACUUUGUUACAGAAAUGAUAAAUUUUUUGAUUGGUCUACUCUACUGAAUAUGCCCUAGACCAUGCUAAAUUUGCUAAAUAUUUUAGAUAAAAUUCAUUUACAAUUUUUGAUUAAUUUUUGACGGUAACCAUAUGUAAUCAAUGUUUAGAAUUAAUUGAUGUUUUUUAUGCAAAAUAGUUGUCACUAUAGAGAAAGGUCAACAACCUUUGCACACCAAACAGAAAAUGCAACCUUUAAGCACCUUAGGAAUUUGAUUUUAAUGUUUUAAUUGUUUGAUGAUUAGAAAUCAGGAAUACAAGGUAUGAAUAAAUUACUCCAGGUAAAGCCAUUUGAUGAAUUUAACUAAUGAUGACAUAAAAAAAAGUUCCAAAAGAUCCGAGACCUUAAUACUGUGCCUAUAUUAGCAGUAUAGAACUAGAGCCGCCAGGAUAAUAUCUGUUCAGUCUGACUGGACUUCGUAUCGGUGGCUGUUCAACUUAAACAUUUUAUUGCUAACAUUAGAUUAAUUGUGAACAGUUAAAUAUGUAAAGCAGAGCAAGGCCAUUUAUCAAUUUGGACGAUUUAUGUUAAAAGAAAUUCAUUGAUAAUGAUAAUAAUAAGCAACUCUACAGUUGAGUCAUUUUCAUCCUGCACCCUUAGUGUAUUUAUAUAAAACCGCAACCCCAUUUCGUUGAAAAAUCACUGCUGGAAUGUUAAGGUUGAAGCUGAUUUUAACUUUAUAUUAGAAUCAUUGUAUGAGUUUGUUUUUUCUAGGAUGCUUGUUUCAAAAGUUUGGAGAUACUAAUUUUAUAUGAUUUACACUUUAUAGUCAAUAGUUGAUAAUUUUAUGUGAUGAUUAAAGCCAAAAACUUAACCAUGCCUCCCACCCCCUGCUGAAGUUAGUCCCCAUCCUUGUGUAUAUGAUCAAAAUCACAGUUAUCCCCAAUUUUCAUUUGGACUAUAUCUACAUGCAUGUAUUUUCAAUUUUGCUACUUGAACUUUAAGGCUUGAUUUCAUUAGCAUUUCUCAAAUUUUAAUAAUGAAAACCGAGUUGUGUUUACUGUAUAUGCCCAAUUAAAUGCACUGCUGUGCAUAAAAAUACCCACCAGUUCUUGUUAAGAAAAAAAGUUACUUUUUUCAAUGAAGUAAGCUACUUAUUAUACCCAACACACUGCUUUUUUGGAGAGGGACACAUUUUCAGUAACCCAUUUUUACAUGAUUUUGAGCAAUAUUGUUUUUAUACUUCAUUUGUUUGUAAAUAGCUGCAAUGUUAUUUUGUGUACAUAUUUUUUAACAGAUGCGUAAUUUAUUUAUUAUUUUACGUUUUGUUUUUGUUCCUGUUUUUAGGUCCAAUAAAUAUUUGCAUAAAGGAAUAAGAUUUUGAAUAAAAAUGCUGCUGUUGAAUAUAUAAGCAAUUGUAAGGAGUUGAGAUUACAUUUAAAGGGAAUAAAAGAUAUAUAUGAAUUGACACAUUAGAAAGAUGCGCACAAUUAUGACAAAUGUGACCAAAAAUAACAUUGUAUUUGACUUUAAGUUGAUGAUAAGCAAUAUUUUAGCUGUUUACCUUAGGUGAUUAUUUGUGAGGUAAAAUAAGUUAUUAAUUUGUUCAUGGCCAAGUUAAAUUUCAAAAUGUGACUAUUGCAGUUUCAAUUUAAUCAAGUAGUGAUUUUACAGUUGUUGUACAAUUCUCCUACUUUGAUGACCUGGAAAUUAUGAAAUUGAAAAAAAAUAGAUAUUUAUAAUCAGAGAAAGGGUUGAUUUUUUUUGCCAAAUUUCUUAAAUUUUUGAUAUUUGUAAACUGAUGACUGUUCAAAUAUAGUUUAUCAACUUAAGUUCAAUAAUAUGAUUAAAUUAUUUGCUUUUUGAGCAAUAUUGAAUGUAACUUAUUUAUCUUGUAUAAGAAAACAAAAAGCUUCAUAAUUAUUUAUGUAAUUUGUAGUCUCUAUGGUAAUUAUAAAAUCUUUUUUUUUACCCAGAAAACGAACAUGUUCUACUUAAAUUUUACUUUUUAUUGAAUGAAGUAAAACAGACAGUCUCAUUUUAUUUUUGAUUUGCAAAAAAUAAUACAAUUUUCUCCAGUCAUAAAUCCCCCUUUGAUUGAAAUUAUUUUUAAGAUAGUUAGGUAUAGGUAUUAUUUGCAUGUGUCAUUACAACAUUUAAAAUCAUUGUUCAGUUCUCUAGAGGAUCUCUAUUUUUAUAUGGUUUCAUUAAAAGAUAAAGUAUAAGUAUUCAUUGUUGAAAGGUAAUGCAUUGUAUUCAAUCUUAUUUCAUAAAUUUUAUACUAUAAAUCAAAUUUUAUGCAAACUUGUUGAGACAAUGAAAAAUAUCUUAUAUUUUACCAGAUUCUAAAUAAUGUUAGCGAGUUUUGAAUUAUUUGUACAGUAUUGUAGUAUUUUAGAAUUGAGUCUAUGUUGUUGUUAAUACAUUUGUACUAUGUUCUCAUUAUCACUAUUUAUUAUCAAUAAUAAAUAUGUAUAAAUAUGUAA